GGGUACCACCCACGAGAAUUAUGUAGCUACAACUAAAUUCCACGGAGACUGCGUCACGUGGGUCGUGGGUGUAACUUUACUGAAAUACUAAGCUUGGGCGGUUUGCGAUUACGACGUAAACGGGCAGACUUUCUGAACUGGGAUAUAGCACCAGAUUGAUGGAGAAGAAUGGCCCGAAUCUCGUUGGACUGCCCCAACUCUUUACCAGGGAUCCCCCUCAGUGUGCUGUCAGUGCCCAUGGAGAAUAAGUACAAAUGUCAGCAGUGUCUCCAGGUCCUGAGGAAGCCUGUCCAGGCUCAGUGCGGCCACCGCUUCUGUGUACACUGCUUCAAGCAGCUCACCAGUUGUGGGCCAAAGCCUUGUGAAGCCUGCCGCCAAGAGGAGAUAUAUGAGGAACCUUUUUCCAUUCUCAAUAGUAAUGAGGCAUUUCCAGACAAUGCAGCUGGUCGAGAAAUAGCAAGUCUGCCUGCCAGGUGUUUGAACCAGGGCUGUGAUUGGACAGGCUCAAUAAAAGAGUAUGAGGCUCAGCAUGAAGACCGCUGUGAAUUUGAAAGGAUACAGUGCGAGGCCUGCGAAACCUCAAUCCUUCGUACGGAGAAGGACCGACAUAACGAGAGAGAAUGUGAAGCACGAACACUCAACUGUAAAUACUGCAAAACGAGCUUUAACUUUAAAGAAAUCAAGGCCCAUGAUGAGAUCUGUUUAAAGUUUCCCUUACAAUGCAAGGACUGUGGCAAGAAGAAGAUCCCAAGAGAAAAGUUCACUGACCACAGCAAAUUAUGUGCCAAGUCAAAGAGUGCCUGUCCAUUCAGUGAUGUGGGCUGUAAAUAUGUGAUAGAGAACGGGAAGCUCGGCGACCAUGAGCACAGCAGCACCAUGGAGCACUUGCGUCUGCUGCUGCCCAUGGUGCUGUCCAUGUCCCGGACGCAUGCCGAUGCUUCUGGUCAAGGGGAGUGGCAGGAGGACUCUGGUCUGGGUCUGUACAGGGCUCCUGAGGAGGGAGUCGCUAUGGUCACCGGAGCUGCAGCCUCCAUGCAGUCUGUGGAUGUGGAAAAAAAGGUCAACGCUUUAGAAAACAUUGUUUGUGUCUUGAACCGAGAGGUGGAACGCAACUCCGUUACGUUGGAGGCUUUCUCCCAUCAGCAUCGAUUAGACCAGGAAAAGAUUGAAAACCUCUCCAAUAUGCGUCAGCUAGAGCGGACGGUCUCCAUGAGAGACUUGCAGCUGUCUGAAACUGAACAGCUGUUAAGAGAACUCCAGUUCUGCACCUACGACGGGAUAUUUGUGUGGAAAGUCUCCGACUUCUCUCGCCGCAGACAGGAUGCUGUGGCCGGUCGAACACCUGCAAUGUUCUCACCAGCGUUUUACUCCAGCAAAUACGGCUACAAGAUGUGUCUGAGGCUUUAUUUGAACGGCGACGGGACGGGUCGGGGAACACACCUCUCGCUGUUCUUCGUCGUCAUGAGGGGAAAGUGUGACGCUCUGCUCAAAUGGCCGUUCAGCCAGAAGGUGACUCUCAUGCUCUUGGAUCAAAACAACAGGGAGCACAUUAUCGAUGCGUUCCGCCCUGAUGUCACCUCCACCUCCUUUCAGCGGCCAAUCAGUGAGAUGAACAUAGCCAGCGGCUGCCCGCUCUUCUGUCCGCUGGCUAAACUGGCGGGCAAGAGCCCCUAUCUGAGAGAUGAUACGAUCUUCAUCAAAGCUAUUGUAGACCUCACAGGCUUGUAAGGUGUAGUCUGUGGAAGUUACACCAAAGCAUAAAUAUAUACAUAUAUAUCUAUCUUAUAUUAUGAUAGUAUUUAUAAUAAUUAAUUAUGCAUAAUUUGACUAUAAUAUUACUUUAUAUCUAAACUAUACAAUAAGAAUGUCAUCAAAUGUCACAUUAUGAAGGAUGCACAAGGUUGUGUUCAAUCACAUGGUGGAUCUGUGAUGAUUAUGGACAUCCGUCUUUCAUGAUACAUAAAAUCAACUGACGGAGGCACUGCUGUGUCGUACCCGUGCUUUAUGGAAGUUUAGCUAUUUCUGUUCAUGUCUUGUGAAGUUAAGACUUUGGCAGUGCUUAAAAUUAGAUAACAAGUUAGUAUUUCAGUUUAAAGUUGUCAGCAGGAGUUACGGUGAAGUGCUUUGAGUUUUAGGAACAUUAAAGUGGCAAUCUUAUGAAUAGUUGCAAUAUUACAAACUGGGUGUCUGUAACGACAUUAUUGGGGGGGGGUUAAUUCUGUAUUACAGUUUUCUCCAUUUUAUACACACAAAAAAUGUUGAAACACAAUUCUGGAAAAAUAGUAAGUUCGUAUGGCAUUUUUGGUAGCAGCCAAAACAUCCUGACUGCUGAACUCUGAGCACAAAAGCCAUUGUUUUCACUCAUAUAAAUUAUAAAUCAUCCAACACUGAAAUCUUAAGGAUUGCCACUUUAGGAGCUGCUGACUUAAAUAUCUGUCAUGAUAAAAGAGGCCUGCAAUCAUCUGUCAUCUUAAUGUGACCCUGUUGGCAUUCAAAUGAAAGCUCACAACGUAUAACUAAAUCAUAUAACAAAUAUUUGUAUCAAAUACUUUGUAUAUAGUAUAUACUAUUUUAUAAUAAUUAGACGACACCGUACUCCACGCUGCAUUAUGUGGUUCUUCACAACCGGGUCAAACACGGGUCAAAUCCAUCUCACAGGUGGACAUUUCCAGUUCAACUUUUGCAGGAAUUUUUUUGCAAUUCUAUGUAAAUAGAAGCAUUUAAAUCCCAGUGAAUAUGACCUUAACAUCUAAUACUGCCCCUGUGUGAAGAGGCAUGUCUUGUACUGCGAACAACCAAACAAUAUCAUUUAUCUUUAUUAUUUUAAGUACCCUGUGAAUUCAGUUUUGGCACCUCACAGAUGCCACUGAUGCUCGGUAGAUGGGCGCCAUUGGUAUUCGGGUCGGUUUUAAUUAAAUUCAUAGCAGCUAAAUAUAGUUUUUCUUUUUUUUUUUAAAUGUAUACCUUUUAAUAUUUAGUGCAAAUCACUGCUAGUGCUACUAUUUACUAGAAAUCAUUAACAAAUAUUUGCCCUAUAUUAUAUGCACAUUAUAAUCUUAUUAUACAUGCUUCAAUCAUAAUAAUCUAUGAAUAUAUAUUAUGAUAAAGCUCAAAAAUGUAAUUGUUUUUAUUUCCACUUUAUGCAAGUGCUUUACUAUAGAAUAUGAAUACAUAUAUACAUAUAUGAAUGUGUGUGUAUACGUAUAUAUGCUUUAUUAAUGUUUUGAAUGUUAAACACAACUCCUUUUUAAGGAACUACUUUGACGUGAAUGAUUAUAAUAAAGUACUAUAGUGAAUUAAUUUGACAUUUA